CCCGCGCACGGCUCGGUCAUCGGGGUGCCCAUCCGCGAGACGCCCAUCCUGGACGACUACGACUACGAGGACGACGAGGAGCCCCCGCGCCGCGCCAACCACGUCGCCCGCGACGACGACUUCGGCAGCCAGGGGACCCACGGGCUGGACAGCCUGGGCCGGCCGGGCGAGGACAAGGGCGACUUUGAGAAGAAAGCAGCAGCUGAGGCGACGCAGGAGACAGUGGAGUCCCUGAUGCAGAAGUUCAAGGAGAGUUUCCGCGCUAACACGCCCAUCGAGAUCGCUCAGCUGCAGCCAGCGCCGCGCAGCGCCUCGGCCGGGAAGCGGAAGCGGAGGAGCAAGUCCCGAGGGGGAAUCAGCUUUGGGAGAGCCAAGGGGACGUCGGGGUCCGAGGCGGACGACGAAACGCAGCUGACCUUCUACACGGAGCAGUACCGUAGCAGCCGUCGCCGCAGCAAAGGUUUGCUGAAAAGCCCAGUGAACAAGACGGCCCUAACGCUGAUUGCUGUGAGCUCCUGCAUCCUGGCCAUGGUGUGCGGCAGUCAGAUGUCCUGUCCACUCACCGUGAAGGUGACUCUGCACGUGCCUGAGCACUUCAUUGCGGACGGGAGCAGCUUUGUGGUGAGCGAAGGGAGCUACCUGGACAUCUCCGACUGGCUAAACCCCGCCAAGCUGUCCCUGUAUUACCAGAUCAACGCCACCUCCCCAUGGGUGAGGGACCUCUGCGGACAGAGGACAACAGAUGCCUGUGAGCAGCUCUGCGACCCAGAAACCGGAGAGUGUAGCUGUCAUGAAGGCUAUGCCCCUGACCCAGUUCACAGACAUCUGUGUGUGCGCAGUGACUGGGGACAGAGUGAAGGGCCUUGGCCUUACACAACACUUGAGAGGGGCUACGACUUGGUGACGGGGGAGCAAGCCCCGGAAAAGAUUCUCAGGUCUACUUUCAGCUUGGGCCAAGGACUCUGGCUUCCUGUCAGCAAAAGCUUCGUGGUGCCGCCUGUGGAGCUGUCCAUCAACCCCCUGGCCAGCUGCAAGACCGACGUGCUCGUCACGGAAGACCCCGCAGACGUCAGGGAAGAAGCGAUGCUGUCCACGUACUUUGAAACCAUCAACGACCUGCUGUCCUCCUUUGGGCCGGUCCGUGACUGCUCUCGGAACAACGGGGGCUGCACUCGGAACUUCAAGUGCGUGUCUGACCGCCAGGUGGACUCCUCGGGCUGCGUGUGUCCCGAAGAGCUGAGGCCCAUGAAGGACGGCUCCGGCUGCUAUGACCACUCCAAGGGCAUCGACUGCUCCGACGGCUUCAACGGUGGCUGCGAGCAGCUGUGCCUGCAGCAGACACUGCCUUUGCCCUACGAUGCCACCUCCAGCACCAUCUUCAUGUUCUGCGGCUGCGUGGAGGAGUACAAGCUGGCUCCUGAUGGGAAAUCCUGCCUCAUGCUCUCAGAUGUCUGCGAGGGCCCCAAGUGCCUCAAACCUGACUCCAAAUUCAAUGACACCCUCUUUGGAGAGAUGCUACAUGGCUACAACAACCGGACCCAGCAUGUGAACCAAGGCCAAGUCUUCCAAAUGACCUUUAGAGAAAACAACUUCAUCAAGGACUUCCCUCAGCUGGCCGACGGGCUGCUGGUGAUCCCGCUGCCGGUGGAGGAGCAGUGCCGGGGCGUCCUCUCCGAGCCCCUCCCGGACCUCCAGCUGCUCACUGGGGACGUCCGGUAUGACGAGGCCAUGGGCUACCCCAUGGUGCAGCAGUGGCGGGUCCGGAGCAACCUGUACCGCGUGAAGCUCAGCACCAUCACCCUCUCGGCAGGCUUCACCAACGUCCUCAAGAUCCUGACCAAGGAGAGCAGUCGGGAGGAGCUGCUGACCUUCAUCCAGCACUACGGCUCCCACUACAUCGCAGAGGCCCUCUACGGCUCCGAGCUCACCUGCAUCAUCCACUUCCCCAGCAAGAAGGUCCAGCAGCAGCUGUGGCUCCAGUACCAGAAAGCCAGUCCGCCAGCUUGUGAAUUUGAGUCCUGCCUGAACCUGGAGGUGGGAGUAGAAGUCAAAGUUAUCAGAAAGUCCAAUAGUGGGGGACAGGGGAGCAUGUCUGCACGGCUGAAUACCAAGCUUGUUGUGCUCAUGGAGAAUGUGUAG